AUGGCGGACAGCGAUGACGGAAGUACGCCCUCUUCUCCUGAGAAAAACGGCGACCCCUUCUCUCCCAGAGUGGUUACCAUCACUAAAACUGAAACAGGAUUCGGAUUUAACGUUCGAGGUCAAGUCAGCGAAGGUGGAGUUCUGAAAUCUAUCAAUGGCACGCUGUAUGCACCGUUACAACAUGUCAGUGCGGUGUUGGAAGGCGGGGCAGCUCAGAGAGCAGGCAUCGUGAAGGGUGACCGCAUUUUGGAAGUAAAUGGUGUAACAGUAGAAGGCGCCACCCACAAACAGGUAGUUGACCUGAUCAAGUCUGGUGGAGACACAUUAACCUUAACAGUGAUAUCAGUUCCCCAGCAGGUGGCUGACAGAUUAGAACCAAGUGACGAUUCAUCGGGUCCAUCAUUGAUCGACUACUCGGAAAGGCGGUCACUGCCAAUCUCAAUUCCUGAUUAUCAGACGAUAGAACAUGGAGGAGAAAAAUUUGUGGUGUAUAAUAUAUAUAUGGCGGGGCGACACUUGUGCUCGAGGAGGUAUCGGGAGUUUGCCACAAUACACACUCAGCUCAAGCGGGAAUUUCCAGAUUUUAGCUUCCCAAAGAUGCCGGGAAAGAAACUGUUCACCUUGUCAGAACAACAGCUUGAUGCCAGGAGGAGAGGGUUAGAGCAGUAUUUAGAAAAAAUUUGUGCGGUACGAGUGAUUGGGGAGAGCGAGAUGAUGCAGGAGUUCUUAGCGGCCGGUGACGCUGAUUCAGAUAAUGGAAGCAAUGAUGUAGAAUUAAAAGUCCUCUUGCCGGAUCGGAAUUUGUGUGUGGUUACCAUAAAAAGGAAUGACAACACAGAAAAAGUCUAUGAGGCUGUUGUGUCAAAGUUGAAGUUGGAGGAAAGAGUGGCGCAAUAUUUUUAUUUGUUUGAGACUGUUGAAUACAAUUUUGAGAGAAAGUUACAAGCUGUAGAAUUACCGCACAAUAUUUACAUACAGAAUUACAGUACAGCCACAGCCACAUGUAUAGCCCUUAGGAAGUGGGUGUUUACGUUAACAAAAGAGCUGACGCUCAACUCCUGCGAGACGGCUGUCAACUUCCUCUUCUGGCAGGCCGUAGAUGACGUCAGUCGGGGUCACAUAAUGCCAGGGGACAAACUAUAUGAACUUAAGGCGCUACAAGAAGCAAACAAACCUUUUGAGUAUUUGAAAAUUGUUCGACGACUAGAAGGUUACGGAGAGGUGACAUUUCCUCACUGUGCAUGCGACUCUCGGAAAGAUGGUCACGUGAUCGCAACAUUAGGAAUAGAAAAUUUUAAAUUACGUGCGUGUAAAGAAGAUGGCACGCCUGAGUCCCAAGAAAUAGAAUUUCAAUGGAAAGAUGUUUUACGCUAUGACAUAGAUGAAGAUGGCAGAUCAUUUAAUUUUGAAUACAACAGACCGGGGAAAAAAGCCAGAGUAGUGAAAAUUUUUUCACCUUAUUAUAACUACUUACAUGACUGUUUUGAGAGAAUUUAUGAAGAAAUGGAAGGAGAAAGUGAGUGCACGUGAUGAAGUCAAACACCAGCCUGUAUUAGGACUUUGAUGUAUGGUAGUUCAGCAUAUCAGCUUUUGGACAUAGCACUUGCACAGAGCCCAGUUCAGUGCCACUGUGUCCUGUGGCCAGUGUUGAUACAAUGUUGCAAAGUAACUAUAUACAGACAUUGAUCUACAGUGCUUGUUGUGUCCGUGAAAUCUUUUGGCUGUGUGACUGGACCCUUUCACCUUAUCAGCAUUGCUAUAGAAGAAUCUGUUCAUCAUCUGGAUAUUUUUAUAAUUGUGAUAAAUUUAUGCCCAGACACACUCAUAAUUUCUAGUUUACCAGUAUGAACAAAAAAAAUGGCAUAGUGAAUAUGGAACAUAGAUCUCCAUUCAUUAACAUAUGUGAACUAAUUAAAUAUUGGACUUUUAGUAUCCUUAGUUGUAUGUAUACAUUGUACAGAAGUGGUGUGGAGAAUUGACAAGAGUGUGUUGAGUUUUCAUAAAAUAAGUGCUACUGACAUGCCACCCUGUCAAGACUGGUCCUCUGACAAUGGCCUGGGGAUAUUGUAAAUGUUCGUUUGUGUACAUAUAUAUGUAGAUAAGAAUAAGCUAGAGCAAACAUCAAAAUAAUCCAGAGUUUCUUCUAUCAAACCUUGAUGUGUAUGUAUCAUUGAUUCUUGCCAUCAUCUAACAAAGACUGAAGUAUUGUUUUUAAUGAUACCACAAAGCAGUUUUGACAGUAGACCAAAAUACCAUCAGAUUGUACUUUGUUGAAAAUAGGAUAAGUCGGAAUUUAAGAAAGACAGACUGUUUAAUUGUUCAUUUCUUAAAGCUUAUGUGUAAAAAAUGAUCAUGUUGAAUUUUUUUUUUCUUUCGGUUGGUUGCGGAGCGGAGAGCAGAGCACCAAACAUUUUAAUAUGAUUUGGAAUAUUCCUUACAUUUGUAUUUGUUCAGUCAGUUUGUUAUGAGCGUAAAUUUUGCGUCAUAUUUUUAAACAGUGACUCUGUAUGUGCACAUGUCCAUACAUGUACCAGGGAUGUGUUAAUUUGAUAUUAGAAUGACAUAAAGUUGUACAUUGCCUAAUUGCUAUUUGAUCAGCUGUGGAUUUCAGUAUGUAUACACAAUUUUAUAAUAAUUAGGUCUACAGAUAGCAAAAUCUGUAAGUUUGUGAUAUUAGGUGAUGCACUAUGGAGUUUUUAAUCUAUGACUUAAUUUGAUUACUUUCAGUUAUGGCUUGUAGGGAUACAGAUACUGUCACAGUGCUGGGGAUCAAGUACGGAAAGGGAAAUAACUCUGAAUUGGUUGAGUUUCAUUCAGUUGCCCUUCAUAACACAAUGUUUUAAACAUAUGUUAAUUCUUUAAGAGUUUCUGCGUUGAGAGUAUUACCACUGCUACAUGUGCUCAGUCUCUUCGUACACAUACUUGUACACCUAUAUUUGCAUUUUGUGCACACCUUUUUCGGCAGGUUUCAAAAGCACUGUUCAACCCUUGUCAGUAGCUCUUGAUCAACCCAUUGACUCACUGUUAUCAAUCCAGGUCCAAAACCGAACAGCAGUGUAUCAGCACUUGAGCAAGCCCAUAUACUGGUAGGCCUACUUACUAGGAUGGGGCUUGUGGCAGAUUAACAGGGUUGUAUCGAAACAUGUUAUUUUAUGUACAUAAAGAUUGAAGAAAUUUGGUGCUGUUUGAAUGGAAGUAGAUAAGAGCUGUCACAAAAGUAACAUCUCAGUGGUGUUGUUGACUCAUGCAUGGUUUCUAGUCUUGAGAAUCUUACAUGUUUUACAAUGUACCAGUACCGCACAAAUCUAGUAAAAGUUUUCUUCUCUCUGCCAUGCCUGGGUCUUUUUGUCAAAUGAUAAUUAUGUCCAGAGCAUGUCAAUUAAUCACCAAAUUGAUAUUCUGUAGUUAAUGAUUGCAUGCUGCCUUUGAAUUGCCCAACUACCUGUCUUUUUAGUCAGAUAGGACCGACCUACGACAAACAUGUACAUGUGUAUAUUAAUUUAAAAAUAACACUUCCUAGUUUUGACCAGAGUAUUGUAAUUUUUAUUUCUGUUAUUCCGCAGUGAACAUUCCAACAGACAUUGUUGACUUUUUCCCUCGACAGUCUGGGCCUGAAUUGUACAUGUUAAGAGUUCUCAUCCAAUGCAGUAAACUGCGGAGAUGUAACAAGUGUGAAAUUCAAUGUCUUUAAAUUAGUUAAAUAUAAAAUGAAAUGAAAUUUGUUCCCAAGCAAUAGAAGAUCUUCACACCUCACUGAUCUUGUUAUUUUGUUUGUUUGCUGUGUGUAAUAACUCGAUAGGGUAUUUUGAGAAGCAUAAAGGUCAGCUCACAGAGACAACACUGGUUGUCGAAACCAAGAUUUCUUGAUUUUGGUUACCAAAAGUCCUCAGUAUUUAUUGCUAUGUGGGUAACCAUGACAAACAUUCCUGAAACAGGAUCCACAUCUUCAUUACAACUUGUUUUUCAGCAACAAAAUAUCCAGAAACAAAUGAGCCAUGCAUACACAGAUUUUGAGUGGAUCAUGUGAGAUUGUUGUCAUCUACAUCAGCAAUCAAUUGAAGGGAAAACAGAUCAUGUAUCCAUGCUUCGCCACAGGAAUCUUCAAAAAAAAGGACAACAAAUAUUGCGUGUUUGGGUGUAAGCAUGAAUAUCCCAGGUCAUUUCACACCUGGAUGUGAAAAUCUUCCUUUUCACCUGCAACAUUUUGUCCAUGUGGGCUGGCAUCUGUUUAAAAAAAUGUGGUGAUCUCAGUGACCAUGUGUUUCAUGAUGAACAUGUGAUUGUUUGUAUUUCCUUGAAACUUACACUAAAAAUGUACAAGAUAUUAAGUAGAGGUUUCUUUUCCUAUAAAAAUACAAUUUGUUUUGCAGUACAUGAAUCUGUUUUUAUCCCACAUCAGACGAAAUACUCCGCUUUUCACUGGACAAGUGUUCACGUGGGGUACAGAUAUAUUCUUGAAUACUGGAGCUGUCAUCAAAUGUGUCCGCUGAGUAGGUCAUCUCCCUUUAUUGUGGACCAACAAUGGACACAUCGUUGAAACGAUCCACCUAUACAUCGGUGUUCUGCACUGAAUUGAUGGGUCUUUGCAGGAUAAAUUAUAUGGUGUCUUACAACUGACAUCUUGCCUAGAUUACUGACACCAUACUUUAGGGUAUCCUAUCACUGAGUAACCGUGUAGCUAAUAGAACACAGUUUUAUGAUAUGUAUGCAUACCGUACAUGUAAAGUUGUCUUUUUGCAGAGUUUGAUGGGUGCACGAUGAAACACGAUCAAUAUAAACAUAGCAGAUGAAUAGUGUUAGCAUUUUGGUGAAGUUGGCCUGGUAUUAAAAGUGCAUUUUGAUCCCAUGAUUCAGUGAAUAUUUUCAGAAUGUAGUCCAGAAAGACACAUCAUUGAGAUUAGGCCCUUUAGUACCCAUAGUUCAUGAAGAAUUAGAUCUGUGAUCUUGUAGCCUUCAUUUAAGAGGCAUGAAUUAAGUGUUUCUGUGCAAGUAAUUAACAUCAUUUUAACUGGUUCAUUUUAUGUCAGUUGUUUGAAAUAUUUUAUCCAAUAAUAACCAUGCACAUAUUUCUUGUUCGUGUUAAGUUUUUUGACAUGUUCAUGUCUUAACUCCUUUUCAGUGGCUACAUGUAGGCCUAUGUGUAUAUAAAUCCAUGUAUAUAGAUAGGUUCUUCUCGGAUUAAAUUACGUUUAAUUCUAGUCACGGCCAAAUUGAUAGAGUUAAGUCAUUCGUUACGAUCAUAAUACAUGUAAAUUUAGGUUGUGAAAGUUUCCUGUAAUUAAGUGGCAGCUAAAUACUGAGUUUGUUUUACUCAUUUAACAGCGUUCGAUCAUUAAAUACUUUUUGAACUAGAUGUAGUCAUUCUGUAUGUAGGAGACCUUCUUUUAAUUAAACUUAGGCUUGAAAUACAUGUACCAUACUUUUGGAUGUAAUUUGUGUAGUUUUAGCCCUGUAAGCCUACCAUACAGCUGACUUUUGUGUCCAUUUAAUGCUAUACAGCAGUGGACCUGUUGGUCACAUUUCUGUCAGUGUUCUUUUCCUGAAGUGAAACUACAUGUACAUAUAUCAUAAGUUCAGAAUUGAUAUAAGUAUAGCUUAAGUAUUUCAUACCUUGGUUUCAGUACAACUGUAUUUUGGUAUAUGAGGAGCUGAUUAGUACAGUUGUACUAAUUAGUUGCUGCUACACAUGGUAUUGGUAUUGGUGAUGAUUUCUGACAGUUGCAUGUUUGGUUUUAAUAUAUGCACACUAUAUAUACAUGGAUUUUCACCAAUACUAUAAAUUUUAACACCAGCGAUUUCGGUUUUUCUAUUUAUCUCAGACUUAUUAAAGGAAUACAUGUCUCUCACCAUUGUCAAUUCAUCUACAAUGGCGCCUACAGGUAGUGGGAACUACAAGCCUAUAAAGCAUCUUGCACCAUCUCACCUUUGUGAGCCAAAAACCAAAGACUGAUGUUGAUGGCAGUCGUAUUUACAUGUACAUAUAUUUUAUUAACAAAGACGAAAGAGGUUUUGAAAUAUAUUUAAUUACAGUGUGAUGAGGCAUUAACUUAUAAUGUUGCAGGAGACUGGAAACCAAAUGAUAAGCAACUGAUCUGUUCAUUAGCAAUUGACCCGACUUUUUGCCUCUGUGUGAUGUAUGUCUAAUAUAAUACUAGAGGCCAGCUGCCAAGGUUGUGGAUAGAGGAAUGGGGAGUGCCCAGCAUACGCGCAAUAAACGAGUGUUCUUUACCAGGCUACCUAACAAACCACCUGACUGAAUACCGUUGACAAACCAGCAAUAGCUGUGUGAGCCUGCAACCUGAUUGGUCUGGGCCUGAUCGGCUGUGACAAGACCAAGGCUUUAGCUGAAUUAGCUAGUGCCCUGUCUCUUCAGGACCUGCCCUCUCAAUCAGCCUAGGCUUUACAUAUGAAGAAGAUUUGUCAUGUACCGGGCAGUUCUUUUCUGGAGCAAUCAGCAUUCAAAGGAUAUCAGUUUUUUGUUUUUGUUUUUUUUUUCCUUUCCUACACUUGACCGUCAUCAGUCAGGAUAUAGUCCUAAAAUAGCAAGUGGUUUAUGAAUCACUUGGUGAGAACUUGUGCAUUUUCAUGAAACUUUCCAUGAGAACCUUAUGUAUGUAGGUGAGAAAAUAUGUGUUAUAUUGGGAAUAUAAUACCAAGAAAGGGAACUCCAGAAUAAAUACAUCAGUGGUACAUCACUGAUAAAAGUAUUAUAUUGUUACCGGUACUGAAGAACAUGAAAUCAAAACUGUGAAGACAUAAUAGAUUGCUAUUUUGUGAAUUACCUUGAAUUUUGAAAGAAACCUGGUCCUGAAUAUACUUGUACAUUUAUGACACCAUUGCACUUUAAACAGUCUUGUCAUUUUUUUUCCCUAUACAUGUAUGAUGUCUUGAGAAUGCUUUAAUGUGGCUCUCUCUCUAUUUUAUACUCCUGUGGCCAGUUAUUGCCCUGAUAUCGUCAUGUCAACAUGUAUGUUUUCCAGUAUAUUAUUUGUGACAGCGUGCGUGUGUAAACUAUUGUGUGCAUGUGCAAUGUUUAAUCCUUUGCCUCAACUUUGAUAUAUAUAAGUCCAGAUUGUAUAUUUCUUUGUGGUUGCAAAGUAUGGUAACAGCCUCAUAAUGUAAAUAAACUUGAAAUA